UAUGCCUUUAAUUUCAAUGUGGAUUCAAUCUAUAUAUGGAUAUGUAAAUAAACGUUAUGUACAUAGCUAUAUAUCUAUAUAUAUAUAAACAAAGAAAUAAUAUAAUAAAUCAAAGGCGUUAAUCAUCCAUGUGUGUAAUACAUGUUAUACCCAGUAAGUGGCGCUCUCUGCCAGCACGCAGCACAAUCCGGCUCUGGGUGUCUUGCGUUGACUCGAGCAUAACGAUUCUCAUCUCGUCAUCAUUUGUAACCACGGAGCAUGAAUUACCUCUUGAAGUCAUCAGUGAGAAUUUACGACUGGUCAACAAAAGCACGUGACUCCCAACACGCACCCCCACCCCCAUAUUUGGCCGCAUACAUAGCAAAAACCAAGUACAGUGCAUAGCUAUAAUUCAUUAAUACAUCAUAAAUCGUGAAGCACAGCGUUAUAACGACCUAGAUCUACAAAUCAAGCCCUCUAAAAUAAACCAAAUGAGUUCCUACUUUGUAAACUCGUUCUCGGGGCGCUAUCCAAAUGGCCCCGACUAUCAGUUGCUAAAUUAUGGAACUAGUAGCAGCGCUAUGAACGGCACUUACAGGGACACCGGCACCAUGCAUUCGAGCUCGUACGGCUACAACUACAAUGGAAUGGACCUCAGCGUGAACCGAUCCGCCACUCCCAGCCAUUUCGGGACUAUUGGGGAAAGCUCCGGUUCUUUCCAGUCGCCGGCACAAGACAGCCGUUUUAGACAGCCCUCCAGCUGCUCGCUCUCGUCCCCCGAAUCCCUCCCCUGCUCCAACAGCGAGACCCUGGGACCCAAAUGCUCCUCGCCCCCGUCCGACCAGCCCGCCAACCCGGGCAUUAUCAGCAACAGCAGCACCAGCAGCACCAGCAAAAACUGCACCGGCGCACAUUUUACAGAACUGGACGAGGCGAGCGCUUCUUCGGAGACCGAGGAAGGCUCUCUUAGAUCCGGCAACAGCAUUCCCAGGGUUCAGCAACAUCAGCAACAUAACGAAGGAGCAGCUAGUUCUACUACUCCCACAUCAGAAGGGCAACCGCCCCAGAUUUUCCCAUGGAUGAGGAAGCUACAUAUUAACCAUGAUAUGACUGGACCAGAUGGGAAACGGGCCCGUACUGCAUACACUCGCUACCAGACAUUAGAGCUGGAGAAGGAAUUCCAUUUCAAUAGGUACCUAACCCGCAGGAGGAGAAUCGAGAUCGCACACUCGCUGUGCCUCUCGGAAAGGCAAAUCAAGAUCUGGUUCCAAAACAGAAGAAUGAAAUGGAAGAAGGACAAUAAACUCAAAAGCAUGAGUCUGGCAACUGGAGGAAGCGCAUUUCAACCAUUUAAUGAAUCAAUGUAUCACCCUCUACCCACCACUAGAGCCCGCCUCAGACCAAGUUCACAGCCAAUGGAUCUACCGAGAGCCACAAUCCGUACUCAGCUCCGGCUUCACGUCCUCAUCGGCCCGGUUAGAGUGUGGCUUUCUCGGAUUAAAGCAAAACUGAGCCCAGUGACAGGUUCGCCUACCACAGCAGACAAACGCCACUGA